AUGGACUCAUUCAUUAUCGCUAUAGACUUUGGAACAGCAUUCACUAGCUAUGCGUUUAGUAUAACAUCCAGUCAAGAAGAGAUAGAACCCUAUCUGAAACAUUGGGGUCAAGAAGUUGGACUAGAAACCUCAGACACUCCUACCUGUAUCCUGUUUGACGAACAACAACGGUUUGUCAGCUUUGGAUAUAAAGCCAGACAAACCUUUUAUAAGUGGAUUAGAGAUUCUAGAUUGUUUUUCUUUGACUUCUCUGAGAUUUCUCUGGAUGACAAAAAAUUCACCAGAGACCUGACAAUUAAAGCAGCCAAUGGGAGGGAAAUGAAGGCUCUGGAUGUUUUUGCAGAGGCUCUGAGAUUCCUGAAAGAUGAUGCUCUGAAAUUCAGUAGCAUCAACACUGAAGGUAGAAGGUUCACAGCCGAUGACUUCACCUGGGUGUUGACUGUUCCUGACAACUGGGAUGAUUCAGCUGAACAGUUCAUGAGAGAAGCAGCAUCUCAGGCAGGUAUCGUCACAGGCAUAGAGAACCUGGUCACUGCAUUGCGUUCAGAAGCAGCUUUAUUCUGGUGUAUGAAGCUUCCAGGUGACGGUUUCAUCACAGAGAGCAUAGAACAGUGUAGAAUGGAUCGAUCUCCAGGAACACAAUACGUUGUUGUUGUUUGUGAAGAUAUCGUCCACAUCUCUGUAUAUGAAGUCCUGGAAGGAGGAGAAUUGAAAGAGCUGCAAAGAGCUUCUUAUAAAGACCUGAGGAAAAAAACUGUGGAGAGAAACUUUAUAGAGUUCAUGAGGCAAAUAUUCUCUGAUGGAAUCUGGGAUGAAUAUGAAAGAAAGUAUCCCAGUGAGAUUCAGAGAAUUCUUUAUGAUUUAAAUUAUUUUAUUAAAAGAUCGAAAGUUAUAGACAUCAUUUGUCCAUUUAAUCUGGGCAUGCUGGCUCAAGAGCGACAGGACAUAAAGAAGUUCUUUGAAACAGUAGAAGGAGCAUCCUGGGAUGAAGGAGAUAUCAGAAUCUCUAAACAGAAACUGAGGUAUUUUUAUGCCCAUAGCCUGCAGGGCAUCACUCACAAUCUGAGAGAAAUCUUAAACAAAGAUUUCAACAUUAGUGGCAUUUUGUUAGUGGGAAAAUACGCUGACAGUGAAAUUUUAAGGAACCACAUUAUAGAAGAAUUUAUAGAUGUUUGUAAAGUUCUGUGUCCAUCUAGGCCCCUGGAAGCAUUCAUGAAGGGAGCUGUAGAGAUGGGGGUAUACGGGGGAAGGAUCUCUUGUCUCAGAAGUGCCUAUACUUAUGGAAUUGGUGUCUCUGAAAGGUUUGAUGAGUUAAAGCACAGGGAAGACAGGACAUUUACCAACAAAGAUGGUAAAUGGUUUGGAGGCCUUUUCAUCAAACUAGGCAGAGUUGGUGAACAAGUUAAUCCAUGUGUAGAACAGAGGAAUGGGUCACUGAGACAGGAGUCUCAGCAGACUUUCCCCUCCUCGAGCUCUGCUGGGGGAAGCAUGAGGGGCUCCCAGGCCAACAGAGAGACAUAG